AUGGCGGCUGCGCGGCUGGAGCCCGAGCUGGCGCGGGAGCUCUUCUUCGAGGGCGCGGCGGUGGUGGUGCUGGGGGUGCCGGAGGGCACCGAGUUCGGCAUGGACUACAGCAGCUGGGCCGUGGGGCCCCGGUUCCGCGGCGUCAAGAUGAUCCCCCCGGGCCUCCACUUCCUGCACUGCAGCGCGGCGCGGGCGGGCGGCGGCCGGGAGACCGGGCCCCGCACCGGCUUCUUCCUCAGCCUGCAGCGCCGGGAGGUGCGGCUGCUGCGCUGGGACCCGGCCCGGGAGGCGCUGGUGCCGGCGGCGCCGGGCGCGGGGGAGGCCGAGGCCCUGCGGCAGAACCUGCCGGAGAUGGAUCGGUUCCUGGGGCCCUACCCCUACGAGACCCUGAAGAAGUGGGUGUCCCUCACCAGCUUCAUCGGCGAAGCGGCCGUGAAGAGGCUGCAGCCGGAGAGCGGCCAGAUCUGCGCCUUCGCCGAGGUGCUGCCGGUGGCGGCCGGGAGGCACACCCGCGACCGGGCGCAGCAGCGCUUGCCCCCCGUGGACGCCGAGUGCCGGAGCUACGCCGAGGGCAUGGCCAGGCUGCCCCGCAUGGAGCCGAGAGCCGGCACCGAGAUCAGGUUCACCGAGCUGCCCGAGCAGAUGUACCCCGAGGGUGCCACUCCGGAGGAGAUAACCAGGCACAGCAUGGACCUCAGCUACGCGCUGGAGAGGGUGAUCGAGCGGCGCUACGCCAGCCAGCCGCUGGACCUGCUGGCUGAGCUGCAGUUUGCCUUCAUCUGCUUCCUGGUGGGGAACGUCUACGACGCCUUCGAGCACUGGAAGAGGCUCUUGAACCUCCUCUGCCGCUCUGAGGAGGCCAUGGGCAGGCACCAGGAGCUCUACACCAGCCUCAUCUCGGUGCUCUACCACCAGCUCAACGAGAUCCCAGCUGAUUUCUUUGUGGACAUUGUCUCCCAGGACAACUUUUUAACCAGCACCUUGCAGGUGUUUUUCUCCUGCACCUGCAGUGGGGCUGUUGACAGGGCCCUGAGGACAAAGGCUGAGAAGUUCAAGGCUCACCUGACCAAGAAAUUCCAGUGGGACUUCGAGGCAGAGCCUGAGGACUGCGCCCCGGUGGUGGUGGAGCUGCCCCAGGGGGUGCAGCUGGCCUGAGGGCAGUGCUCCCCUGGCAGCCCACCACAGCUGCUGCUCCACAUCCUCCCCAGCCUCCUGAAGCCUGGGCCUGACUUCUCCUGGGGA